AUGAAGUUGAAGAGAAGAAGAGCAGUAGAAGAACCUCUGAGGAUUAGAUGCUUCAUCAGUGGUGUAAUUGCUACACCGCUUGAAAAUAUUGAAGAGCCCCUGAAAAAUUUUGUUUGGGACUUUGACAAGGGAGAUUUCUAUCAUUGGGUUGAUCUAUUGAACUAUUUCGAUACGUUCCUUGAGAAAUACAUAAAAUCAAGGAAAGAUUUGCUACUUGAGGAUGAUUUCUUGGAGCAUGAUCCUCCAUUCCCGAGAGAGGCUGUUCUUCAGAUUCUACGCGUUGUAAGAAUAAUUAUUGACAACUGCACGAAUAAACACGUCUACAGUCCUUAUGAGCAUCAUCUUUCUUCUCUGCUUGCUUCCACGGAUGUGGAUGUGGUUGAAGCCUCUCUGCAAACUUUGGCAGCAUUCUUGAAGAAAUCGACUGGGAAGUAUGUCAUAAGAGAUGCCUCUCUGAACUCAAAGCUAUUUGCCUUUGCUCAAGGCUGGGGGGGAAAGGACGAAGGACUUGGAUUGGUUGCAUGUGCUAUUGAGGAUGGAUCAGAUUCGGUUGCUCAGGAAUUGGGUAGCACCCUCCAUUUUGAGUUCUAUGUAGUAAAUGAGUCUUUGAUGGAACACCCUACUACAGAACAGCAAAAACAAGGAUUACAGAUUAUUCAUUUGCCCAACGUAAACACUUACCAACAGUGUGAUCGUGAACUAAUGCAGAAGUUGAUUAAAGAGUAUAAAGUUCCCCAUAGUUUAAGGUUCUCCCUUUUGACAAGAUUGCGUUUUGCAAGAGGGUUUGGCUCCUCUGCGGCACGGCUACAGUACACAUGUAUUCGACUGCAUGCCUUUGUAGUUUUUGUUCAAGCAUGUAGUGAUAAUGAUGAUUUGGUCACCUUUUUUGACACCGAACCUGAGUUCAUCAACGAAAUGGUCACCCUGUUGAGCUAUGAAGAUUCAGCUCCUGCAGAAGUUCGAAUUCUUUGCCUGCAUUCGUUGGUUGCUGUUUGUCAGGAUCGCUCACGCCAGCUAACAGUGUUAUCUGCAGUAACAUCUGGUGGGCACCGUGGCAUCCUAUCCAGCCUCAUGCAGAAGGCUAUUGAUGCUGUACUUAGUAAACCAUCCAAGUGGUUUGUUGUCUUUGCUGAGGCUUUAAUUUCAUUGGUCACUGUUCUAGUUUCAUCUCCUUCAGGUUGUUCUGCCAUUUGUGAAGCAGGGUUUAUACCCAUCCUUUUGCCUCUUCUUAAAGAUACAGAUCCCCAACAUUUGCAUUUGGUUAGCACUACUGUACAUGUUUUCGAAGCUUUUAUGGGUAGCAGCAAUUCAGCUGCUGCUUUAUGCCAGGACCUGGGAGGGUUAGACGAUACAAUAUUUCGACUGAAGGUAGAAAUUUCUCAUGUCGAAAAUUACUCAAAGCAACAAGGCACUUCUGCUGAUAUGGACAGCUCUGGAUGUAGCAACAGCGAUGUUGUCGAUAGUGCAAAUCUGGAUAGCACGCAGUCUCGUUAUUCUGAAGCAUUAGCGUCCUAUCAUCGACGAUCUCUAAUUAAAGCUCUAUUACGUGCCAUAUCCCUUGGAACAUAUGCUACCGGAAGCACUUCUCAUGUAUAUGGUUCAGAGGAAAAUCCAUUGCCAUAUUGCUUAUGUGUGAUUUUCAGAAAAGUGAAUCUUUUUGGUGGUCGUGUAUUUUCAUUGGCUGCGAUUGUCAUGAGUGAUCUCAUCCACAAAGAUCCUACUUGUUUUUCCCUCUUAGAAGCAGCUGGUCUUCCAUCUGCAUUCUUAGGUGCUAUAAUGGAUGGUGUACUUUGCUCUUCUGAAGCUAUAACGUGCAUACCUCAGUGCUUAGAUGCUUUGUGCCUGAGUAAUAGUGGUCUUCAGGCGGUGAAAAAUCAUAAUGCUUUGAGGUGCUUUGUGAAAAUAUUUACAACAAGAACAUACUUACGUGUCCUUAUGGGUGACACUCCAAGCUCCUUGUCUAGUGGUCUGGAUGAACUAUUGAGGCAUGCUUCUUCACUUCGUGGGCACGGGGUGGAUGUGCUAAUCGAGAUUUUGAAGGCCAUCGAAAAGCUAGGAUAUGGACCUGAAGCUGCUUCCUCAACCGUUGAUGCAACAACCUGCGUGACUUCCGUUUCUAUGGAAACCGAUGCCGAGGAUAAAGCUUGCACUCCUGAUGAUGAGCAAUCCAGCAAGAACGAAAACUUUGUGAAUCUUCUUGAGUCAUCUGCUGAUACCGCAUCAUUGAAUGUUGAGUCCUUUCUUCCUGAUUGUGUUAACAAUGUUGCUCGUCUGCUUGAGACAAUUCUUCAGAAUGCUGACACAUGCCGUGUAUUCAUCGAAAAGAAGGGAGUGGAAGCUAUUCUGAAGUUAUUUACCUUGCCUUUGUUGCCUUCCUCUGUAUCUGUUGGACAGAGCAUAGCUGUUGCAUUUAAGCGCUUUUCUCCACAUCAUUGUGCAUCCCUUGCUCGAGCAUUAUGUUCUUUCAUGAGACAGCAUUUGAUUUUAACAAAUGAACGACUGAUUUCUCUUGGAGGUAUGCGGCUUGCUCAGGUUGAAGAUGCUAAGAGGACACAUGUGUUGAGGUGUCUUUCUAGUCUUGAAGGAAUCUUAUCUCUUUCAUGUUCUUUGGCAAAGGGAACUACUAAUGUGGUGUCUGAACUGGGAACUUCUGAUGCUGAUUUGUUGAGAGAUAUUGGAGCUACUUUCAGGGAAAUACUCUGGCAACUCUCUAUGGAUUGUGAUUCUAAGAUCGAUGAGAAGCAGAGUAAUAAAUCCCAUCCUGAAAAUGUUAAUGUGGCUGUUGCUGGAAAUGCUGGUGAUGCUCGUGCUGCAAGCAACACUGUUGGAAUGGAUGUUGAUGAUGUCACCAUUCCAGUGAUGAGAUAUCUGAAUCCUGUUCCUGUUCAGAAUAGCUCACACCCGCACUCAGGUCUAGAGCGGGAGUUUCUUUCAAUUUCUCAAACUGGUGAAGGCUUCAGUCAACGCAAUCGACAUGGAUUGUCAGGUAUAAGAGGUGGAAGGUUACAGAUUGAUUCUGAGUCUCUGAUGAACAAUACUGGGACAACUUCUCAAGAUCUCAAGAGAACAAGCCCGGAGGCCCUUGUUUUGGAUAACCUUAUCACACUUGCUUCUACCUUACGUUCUUUCUUUAUUGCUCUUGUAAAAGGAUUCACUUCACCCAAUCGACGAAGGGCUGAAACUGGAUCACUAAGUGCUGCUUCAAAAAGCAUUGGAACUGUUCUGGCGAAAGUUUUUCUCGAGGCACUUAGUUUCCGAGGUUAUGCUACAUCUGCUGGUCUUGAUACAUCACUGUCUUUGAGGUGCCGCUAUCUUGGAAGGGUUGUGAAUCACAUGGCAGCAGUGACAUUUGAUAGUAGGCGUCGUACUUGUUAUACUGUGAUGAUAAAUAACUUCUACAUCCAGGGGACCUUUAAGGAAUUACUCAAUACUUUUGAAGCUACGAGUCAAUUGCUAUGGACAUUGCCGUAUUCUGUAGAUCAUGAAAAGAGCGAAGGAAGAAAAUUGUCUCACAGUCCAUGGUUAUUUAACACGUUAGAGAGCUACUGCCAUGUUCUAGAGUUUUUUGUUAACUCUACUUUUCUUUUACCUCCAGCCUCUACGUCUCAGGCUCAUUUGGUCAUACAGCCUGGUGCAGUUGGGUUGUCCAUUGGAUUGUUUCCUGUUCCUAGAGACCCCAAAAAUUUUGUUCGUAUGUUGCAGUCUCAGGUUCUAGAUGUCAUACUUCCUGUCUGGAAUCACCCUAUGUUUCCCUGUUGUAAUCCACGGUUUAUUACCGGAAUUCUCACACUUUUUAACCACGUUUACUGUGGUGUUACUGAUGGAAAACUAAGUCAUGGUGGUGGGUUUGGGGGUGCAAACCAAAGGUUCGAUGGUCCUCUGCCUGAUGAAGCAACUAUUUCCACCAUUGUGGAGAUGGGUUUUACAAGGACAAGAGCAGAGGAAGCAUUGAGACAUGUGGAAAUAAAUAGUGUUGAGAUGGCUACGGAAUGGUUGUUUAGUCAUCCUGAAGAUCAUGUGCAGGAGGAUGACGAAUUGGCACAAGCACUUGCUUUAUCUCUGGGAAGCUCAUCUGAGACUCCUAAAGCAGAUGAUACAGAAAAUUUGGCUGAUCCUCAAACGGGAAUUGUGGAAACAAAAGCACCACCUAUUGAUGACAUUCUUGCUGUGAUAAUGAAGUUGUUUCGAAGUUGUGAUUCUAUUACUUUCCCUUUGACAGAUUUACUUAUCACCCUCUGCGCUAGGGAGAAAGGAGAAGAGCGACCAAAAGUAAUUUCGUAUCUAAUUCAAAAGCUAAAGCUCUGUUCAUUGGAAACUUUCAAGGAUACUAGUGUAAUCGGUACAAUAUCACACACGUUGGCAUCACUUCUUGCCAAAGAUGUUACCACAAGAGAAAUCGCUGCAGAAAAUGGCAUUGUCUCUGUAGCAAUAGAUUUGUUGAUAGACUUCAAGGCAAGAAAAUCUCGAGAUGCGCUUCCGUUAUCAAAAUGCAUCAGUGCUUUGCUUUUAAUCUUGGAUAAUUUGUUGCAAUCGAGGCCCAACUUUUUUCCUGAUAGCAUUGAAGGUACAAAAACAGGAUCUUUACCCGGCCCCAUGGGAGAAAAACCGUCUUCAUUAGCUUCUAAAGAAGGUGCUGACAAGAAUCUUAUUCCAGCUGCUGGUGAUAAAGAAAGAAACAAUGUGCUCGGAAAGGUAUUUGGAAACUCUACAGGCUAUCUGACUAUUAAAGAGGGUCAUAGAGUACUUACCGUUGUUUGUGAAAUGAUAAAACAACAUGUCCCCGCUGUGGUCAUGCAUGCAGUUCUCUUAUUGUGUGCUCGCUUGACAAAAACACACACUCUGGCUUUACAUUUUCUCGAAAAUGGAGGCAUGGUUGCUCUCUUUAGCAUACCAAGACCUUGGUCCUUACUUGUAUACGAUACUGUAGCAUCUGCUAUUGUUCGACAUCUCAUAGAAGAUCCACAUACUCUAGAAACAGCAAUGGAGUUAGAGAUCCGACAAACUCUAACUGCCAGCCAUCAUGCUGGUCGUAUUCCUCCACGAACAUUUUUGACAUCAAUGGCACCUCUUAUCUCUAGAGAUCCGGAGAUUUUCAUGAAAGCGGCAGCAGCUGUUUGUCAGUUGGAAUCAUCUGGAGGGAGAACUGUUGUUGUAUUAUCCAAAAAAAAGGAGAAAGGAAAGGAUAAAUCAAAAGUACAUGGUGUUGAAAUCGGAGCAUCUUCUACUGAAUGUGUUCGCAUACCUGAAAAUAAAUCUCAAGAUGGAUCUGUUAGGUUCAAAAACCAGAAGAAGAUAUCUGCUAAUCUUACUCAGGUCAUCUAUCACAUUCUUGAAAUUAUAUUGAAGUAUCCUUCAUUGAAUCCAGAGGAAGAAUGCACUAGAUCUGCAAAUGCCAUGGAGAUUGACAAGCCUGAUACCAGUAAAGGUAAGUCCAAGGUUGAUGAGACGAGGGAAGAAUCAGACAGACUUCCAGAAAGAUCGGCAGAGAUAUCUAAGGUGACUUUUCUCCUCAAGUUGUUGAGUGAUAUUCUUCUGAUGUAUGUACAUGCGGUUGGGAUAGUUUUGAAACGUGAUCUGGAGAUGUGUCAACUCCGUGGAUCUAAUCAGCUAGACGGUACUGGACAUGGUGGGGUAGUGCAUCACAUUAUGCAUCGGAUUCUCCACUCUCCUGUAGAUAAAAACUCCAAAUCUGAUGAAUUGAGAGUGAAAUUAUCCGAAAAGGCGUCCUGGUUUUUGGUGGUUUUGUGUGGUCAUUCAAGUGAAGGGCGUAGACGUGUUAUAAAUGAACUUGUUAAAGCAUUACAAUCUUUUUCCAACUCAGCCAGCAAUUCCUCAAAGGGCAGCUUAUUGCCUGACAAAAAGGCCCUUGCUUUUGUUGAUCUGUUAUAUUCCAUUUUGUCACAAAAUUCCUCCUCCAGCAACUUAUUUGGUUCUGGGUGCUCCUCGGAUAUAGCUAAAGGGAUGAUCGAUGGGGGAACGAUUCCAUGCCUAUCCAGCAUUCUUCAGGUGCUGGAUCUAGACCAUCCCGAUGCUCCCAAAUUUGUAAAUACCAUUAUUCAGGUUUUGGAAGGCUUAACCCGAGCUGCCAUUGCUUCAGAACAAUGCUCGUCAUCUGAUCUGUCCAACAAGAAAAAAUCUGUUAGUGCAGGGACCCGAUCUGAUAAUCAGAUGGCUACUGAAAUAAAUCAGACAGUUGAGCCUAAUCUAAAUAGUGACCAUGAGGUCACAGGCACUGAUGUCACGCAGCAACUUCCUCAACAAACAUCUCAGGACCAAGGUGAUGACCAUUCAAAUUUAAACCAGCCUGCUGUACAGGAAAUGAGAGCUGAGAUGGAGGAGACGGAAACUAUACAAGCAUAUGCGGAGCUGGGAAUGGGUUUCAUGCACGAAGAGAUGGGAGAUGGUGGUGUGUUACAGAAUUCAAAUCAAAUUGAAAUGGCUUUUCAUGCUGACAACAGGGGAGGCAACAUUACUGGUGAUGAAGAUGAUGACAUGGGAGAUGACGGUGAGGACGAUGAGGACGGUGAUGAUGAGGAUGAAGAUAUUGCGGAGGAUGGUACUGCUUUGAUGUCCCAUGCUGAUACAGAUGCGGAAGAUCAUGAUGGAACUGACAUGGGAGAUGAACAUAAUGAUGAUAUGGUUGCUGAGGAGGAUGAAGACUAUCAUGCAAAUCGUGUUACUGAGGUGAGAUGGAGAGAGGCUCUUGAUGGUUUAGACCAUAUGCAGGCUACUGAGCCCCCUGAAGGGGUGAUUGUUCAUCGCCUUCUUGGUGUUAGGAGACCUCUAGGCUUUGAUAGUCGACGUCAACAAAUUAGAACAACCAUUGAGGGAUCUGGUACAGAGGGAAAUGGUCUCCAGCAUCCUCUUCAAUUGAGACCAUCACAAUCUGGUGAUUUUGGUUCAAUGUGGUCAUCAGGUGGCAACUCAUCUCACAAUUUAGAAUCUUCCUCUGGUGGGAACUUUGACGUGGCCCAUUUUAAUGCUCCUGUUUUACCCUUGGAUCAUGUACAGUCUGGUGUAUUUGGUGACAGAAACAGAGGUGUAGCACCACAGUUGGGUGACUUUUCUGUUGGUUUGGAAUCUUUUUUUACACUGGGAAGAAGAGGGCUAGGUGAAAACCGGUGGACUGAUGAUGGUCGACCACAAGCAGAAGGCCAGGAUGCUGCUAUAGCACAGGCUGUUGAAGAGCAGUUCAUGUCUCAGUUAUACAGUACUGCUCCUUCCAGUCUUGCUGAGAGACAGCCCCAUAAUUCAGCAGCACAGAUAAGCCAAUCAGAUGCGCCCCUAGCUGGCAAUAAUGAACUGGUAGCAGAAGGACUGGGUAGUGUUGCUCAGCAGACUGAUGGUCAUCAUGGUGAGAUUGAUCAGAAUAUUGUGCAUUUAGAUAUGAAUCUAGAACAAGUUCAUUCGGAUGUGGCUGUGGAACAAACAGAAGAUCUACAAGCACAUGGGUCCAGCCUUGGUGUUGUGAAUGCCUUAUCGAAUGGUCAAGAUAACAUGGAAAUUGGUGAAGGAGAUGGAACUGUCAAUGAGCAGGAAUUGCAGCAUGACAGUUUGUCAGCAACUCAUAACGAGACACGUAACCAUCAAGUGGUAACCGAGGGUGAUAAUGUGCCUAAUUCUCAUGCUCUGGUUGAAGAAAGUACCGAUGUUGAUAUGAAUCUUGCUGAUUCAGGAGCAAAUGAAAAUGGGGAUCCACUUUCUUCUGUUGUUGUUAGAGAUGUGUCGUCAUCAUCUGAACAAAACACUCAGGUUGCACAGAAUAACAAUCAAGCUGAUCAAUCUGAUGAAACUGGGGCAACUAAUGUAUCCCCUAGAGCAAAUGGUAUAGAUCCAACCUUCUUGGAGGCACUGCCUGAAGAUUUGAGGGCAGAAGUACUAGCUUCACAACAAGUUCAAUCUACCCCAGCACUGGCUCAUUCUCCUGCUGUUGCUGAUGAUAUUGAUCCCGAGUUUUUAGCAGCUCUUCCUCCAGAUAUCCAAGCAGAAGUUUUAGCCCAGCAAAGGGUACAGAGGGUUACACAGCAGGCAGAAGGACAACCUGUGGAUAUGGACAAUGCUUCAAUCAUAGCUACUUUUCCAGCUGAUUUACGUCAUGAGGUGCUUUUGACGUCUUCAGAAGCAGUUCUUUCAGCAUUGCCCUCUCCGCUGCUUGCGGAAGCACAACUGCUCAGGGAUAGAGCUAUGAGUCACUAUCAAGCUCAUAGCUUGUUUGGAAGUAACCAGAGACUCAAUAGCCGGAGGAAUGGUUUAGGAUUCGAUAGAUGGACAGCAAUUGAUAGGGAUGUUGGCGUUACAGUAGGACGUAAAGCAUCUUAUACUCUCGCAGGAAGCUUGAAAGUAAAGGAAGUUGAGGGGGAACCACUUUUAGAUACUGAUGCAUUGAAAGCAUUCAUCCGGCUAUUACGAAUAGCAAAGCCCCUUGGGGAAGGCCUUCUGCAACGACUGCUGUUGAACUUAUGUGCACAUAGUUGUACAAGGGCAAUCCUUGUUUAUCUGCUACUGGACAUGAUCAAGCCAGAGACCAAGGGCCCAGUAGGAGGGUUGACAAAAAUCAAUUCUCAGAGACUUUACGGGUGUCAAUCUAAUGUUGUUUAUGGCCGAUCUCAACUCAUAGAUGGUCUUCCUCCUCUAGUAUUGAGUCGGGUCCUUGAGAUUUUGACAUACUUGGCAAUAAAUCACUCAUGUGUGGCUGAUAUCUUGUUCUACUAUGAUGCCUCACGUUUUCUGGAUUAUUUGAUUCCAAGAUACAAUGAUAAGAAGAAUGAUAAGGGGAAGGAAAAGGUUGUUGAAGGAUGUGAAAUGGUGCAUCCUGCUGGACUAUCAAUUGAGAGUGAUGUUCCUAUAUUAUUGUUCAUAAAGCUCUUGAAUCAUGGGAUUUUUCUAAGAAGUGUUGCCCAUCUGGAGCAGGUCUUGGGUCUGCUUCAAGUGAUUGUAUGCAAUGCUGCUUUGAAGUUAGAUCGCCACCCUCAGAGAGAUUCUUCUUUAGCUGGAGCAGAAUCAGGUUAUGUCGAUGAAAGCUUCAGUGAUGAUAAAAGAAGUGUCAAGAUGCAUGACAUCUUUUUGAAGCUACCACAGUCUGAUCUACAUCAUCUCUGCAGCCUUCUUGGCCACAAGGGGCUUUCAGAUAAAGUUUACACAUUCACUGGGAAGGUGCUGAAGAAGUUGGCGUCGAUUGCUUCCUUGCAUAGGAAGUUCUUUAUCGUAGAGCUUUCUAAUUUAGCUCAUAAUCUGAGCAGUUCAGCUAUCCGUGAACUCAUUACGCUGAGAGAUACGAAGAUGUUGGGUCUUAGUGCUGGAUCCAUGGCUGGGGCUUCAGUUCUAAGAAUACUGCAGACACUUAAUUCUCUCACAGUAGAUAGCAAUGGAACCAAGGGUGCAGAGAGUGAUGACGAUCAGGAACAUGUCACCAUGCGGAGAUUAAAUGUUUCACUUGAGCCCUUGUGGCAAGAAUUGAGCGAGUGUAUAAGUGUCACAGAAUCGCAGCUGGGACAGGGAUCUUUUUCUUCAGUUAUGUUGAAUGUGAACGUAAACGAGCAUGCCCAGGGUUCAUCAUUAUCUCUUUCUCUUCCUCCUGGAACUCAGAGACUCUUGCCUUUCAUCGAGGCUUUCUUGAUUUUGUGUGAAAAGCUUCAAGAAAACGCUUAUGUUCAAGAUAAUGCUUAUGCUACGGCAAGUGAAGUCAAACAUUUGACUGAAAGUUCAUCACCGAGUGGAGCGGAUUCUCAUAGGAAAACUGAUGGUUCUCUAACAUUUGUUAGGUUCGCUGAGAAGCAUCGGCGGCUUCUGAAUGCUUUUGUCAGGCAAGAUCCCAGAUUGUUGGAGAAAUCACUGUCUAUGUUGGUAAAGGCACCGAGGUUAAUGGACUUUGAUAACAAAAGGUCUUACUUCUGGUCUAAAUUCAGGCAACAGCAUGAGCAACACCUAGCUCGUCCACUGCAGAUAAACAUUCGACGGGCAUAUAUUCUAGAAGAUUCUUAUAAUCAGUUGCGGUUGCGAUCCAGUCAGGACAUGAAACGGCGAUUAAAUGUCCAUUUUCAAGGUGAAGAGGGUAUAGAUGCUGGUGGUUUGACAAGAGAGUGGUAUCAAUUGUUGUCAAGGGUCAUAUUUGACAAAGGAGCUUUGCUUUUCACUACUGUUGGAAACAACGCGACCUUCCAGCCCAACCCGAAUUCAGUUUAUCAAACUGAGCAUCUUUCUUACUUCAAAUUCGUGGGCCGUGUGGUUUCUAAAGCUCUGUUUGACGGGCAGCUCUUGGAUGUUUACUUCACCCGCUCGUUCUAUAAGCACAUUCUUGGUGUCAAGGUAACAUAUCAUGAUAUAGAGGCUGUUGACCCCGAUUACUACAAGAACUUGAAGUGGAUGUUGGAGAACGAUGUAAGUGACAUACCUGAUCUGACAUUUUCCAUGGAUGCGGAUGAAGAAAAGCACAUUCUUUACGAGAAAACAGAGGUAACUGAUUACGAGCUAAAACCAGGUGGACGGACUAUAAGGGUGACAGAAGAAACGAAGCAUGAAUAUGUGGAUCUUAUUGCUGAACACAUACUGACAAAUGCAAUACGUCCUCAAAUCAAUUCGUUCUUAGAGGGCUUUAAUGAGUUGAUACCGCGAGAAUCCAUUUCCAUUUUUAAUGAUAAAGAACUUGAGCUACUAAUCAAUGGGCUUCCAGAAAUCAAUUUCGAUGAUCUGAAGGCCAACACUGAAUAUACUGGCUACACAGCCACUUCUAGUGCCAUUAUGUGGUUUUGGGAGGUCGUUAAAGCAUUUAACAAGGAAGAUCGAGCAAGAUUGCUUCAAUUUGUGACUGGUACUUCAAAGGUUCCAUUGGAAGGUUUCAAGGCAUUGCAAGGUCUUUCGGGUCCACAAAAGUUUCAAAUUCACAAAGACUAUGGAGCUCUGGAUAGGCUGCCAUCGGCUCAUACCUGCUUCAACCAAUUAGAUCUUCCUGAAUACAUGUCAAAGGAACAGCUUCAAAAGCGGUUAUUGCUAGCAAUCCAUGAAGCAAGUGAAGGUUUUGGGUUUGGAUAGAAGCAGCAGAAAACAAACCAUUUUUUUGGGUCUUCUUGUUUUGUUAGUCUGCCAAAGGAUCCGUACAGCUUUUUGCUUCUAAAUUGUAGGUUUUUGGUUGAUUAGUUCUUUAUUUUGGGAUUUGGAUGGAAUUCUAUCAGU